AUGCAGUCUUCAAUCCUCGUCGUCUGCUCCAUGCUGCUGGCUGUUUUCGCCAGCGCCAUUGACGGAAGUCACUCUGUUCUCAGUACGCGUCAAGGCUACGUCAGUCCCGUCACUAGGGCCAACUUCACCCUCGACGAGCUCUACAAGCUCCAGGUCCGUUUCUGGGACAACUUCGUCUACAACAACACGGCGCAAGCCGCAUCCAUCAACUCGACGCUCCUCGCACCCGACGUCCUCGGCAGGGUCGAUGUCACGCGCGGGUUCGACGGGCAGGAGCUCAACACCGAGUACCUCUUCGGCCUUUUCGCCAAUCUCGCCAACCAAAACAGCACCAGCUCGACGCUGCUCGGCGUGCCUGUGUCAUACGACAUCAUCCACUUCGCGGGCACGCAGGACAUCUCGUCCGCGGCGACCAUCGUCUUCUUCAAGAACGCCAUCUUCGGCACCUUCCCCGUAGAGAUCGACAGCUGGAUCACGUGGAACGAACAGGGCCAGAUCUGGCAGUACGACGCCACGUACCGGUGGUUCGCGAACCUGCUCGACGCGACCAUCGAGGCGGCAGCCGGCGCCAAGAACACCACCUACGACGCGACGGUGGCGGCCCUGGCAGACUCGCUGGCAACGUCAAUCUGCAACACGGCGCAGGCGCACUGCACGACGCCCGAGACCCGGCAGUACGCCGACUUCGACGAGUGCCACGCGACGCUGACGCGGGACAAGCCGUUCGGCAAGCCGUACGAGCUGGGCGGCGACACGCUGCUGUGCCGCAUGGUGCACGAGAACAUGGUGCCGCUGCGGCCGGAGGUGCAUUGCCCGCACAUUGGACCCGGUGGCGGCGGCAUGUGCGUCGACGAUUUGACGUACGCGCAGCGCGUGCUGCAGGAGUACUACACGCACGCGCCCAUGGUGCCGGCGGGGUACGAAAGCGGCAAUGCGAGCGUGGAUGCGUGGUAG